GCGGUGCCGCCCUGGCGGGGCCGGCAGGGGGCGCUGAGGGGACAGCGCGGCGCCCGCCCCUUCCCGCCGCCGCCGCCAUGGCGGCCCUGCCCCGCCACCGCCGCUUCCUCGGCGGCUUCGUCUGCGGGGCCGCGGCCGGGGCCGCCGCGUCCUGCUGGGCUGCCUGGCGGCUCCUCCGCAGCCAGAGCCAGCCAGAGCCGGGCCCCGGGCGGGCCCUGGCAGAGGAACCAGUAGAAGAGGCUCUGCUGGAAAGAUAUGGAUUCCCUGAGGCUGGAACAGAAACCAGAUGCUACACAAAUCAUGCGCUGUCUUAUGACCAGGCAAAGCGGGUGCCUAGAUGGGUGAUUGAACAUAUUUCAAAACAGAAGACACUGGGCGAUGCAGACCGAAGGCACUGUAAAUUCAGACCAGAUCCCAACAUCCCUCUGAUGUUUAGUGCUGCCAAUGAAGACUACCUUGGGAGUGGAUGGUCACGAGGACACAUGGCACCAGCAGGAGAUAACAAAUUUUCAACAAGAGCUAUGGCUGAAACAUUUUAUCUGUCUAACAUCGUGCCUCAGAAUUAUGAAAACAAUGCUGGGUUUUGGAACAGAAUGGAAAUGUAUUGUCGGGAAUUGACUGAGAGAUUUGAGGAUGUUUGGGUAGUUUCUGGACCUCUGACCUUGCCUCAAACAAAUGAUGAUGGAAAGAAGAGCGUUACUUAUCAGGUAAUUGGAAAGGAUGAUGUAGCUGUACCAUCCCACCUCUACAAGGUGAUCCUGGCCAGACGGAGCAGGACGUCAGCAGAGCCCUUGGUGCUGGGGGCUUUUGUGGUGCCAAACGAUCCCAUAGGCUUCAGCCACCAGCUGACUGACUUCCAAGUAAAUAUUGAAGACCUGGAAAAAAUGUCAGGUUUAGUUUUCUUCCCCCAGGUGGACAAAACCAAAGAGGUUAAAAAUAUCUGUGAGGUGGAUACCUGUAAACUGAUGGGCUUCAAGGAAUUCACGUUGUACAUCACUGCUCGGAAAGUGCAGAGUGCCCGUACCUUGCACCGGCUGGAGAAAGCCAUGUCAGAGUUACAGGAGGCAGGAAUUGAGCCUGAUGAGUAUCUUCUAAAGCUUUACAAGAAGAAGGAAGAAGAGCUACUGCAGGAAAAACAAGAAGCAGCUAGAGAGGGGAAAGCUGGCUAAGUACGUGUUCAGGAAGAUGUUUGGGGUUUUGUACUUUGAAAGGGGAACUGAAGGCAAACACGAAGACAAGGGCUCCUUGAAUCAUCCUUUUUUUGAGUUGUGAAAACAAUAAAGAAAUAUUUGGAAGCUGA